UUUCAGCUCAUUCUGGUGUUUGGCAAUCUCCAAUAAAGUCACACAUGACUCUGGUUCAAACUUUCAUUCAAAAUAUAACAAGCUGACUGAGCAGGUUUUGACAAUUCUUUGAGAGUAUUUUAUGGAGGAGUCGUCCACUAAUUUGAGGAUAAUUGCAGCAACUUCUAUGUUAUUGACAGCUAUAAUUGGUCUUCUUCUAAACUUUACAAUUGCUAUUUCAUUAUUUGCAAGAUUCAAACUUAACAGUGGUUUUUUGGUAGUUUGCAUGGUUAAAAGUAUGGCAAACAAUAUAAUUUGUAUGGGUUUUAUUGCUUGGCCAGUUCCAGUCACAUAUCUAAAUUUUUAUUUUCUACCAAGUUUCUACAAUGUGCUUGCAGGGCAAAUUAUUGGAUGGUUUGCGUGGACUUACAGUCCAACCACGCAAAUUUUGUUAGCUGGAAAUCGGCUAAUGGCUGUCUAUUUUCCAAAGGCGUAUCACGCAAAAUACUCAUGUUCUCCGAAUCGAGUAAUUCUUACCGGAAUAUUUGUGUUAUCGAUUUUUAUAUCAAUACCAGGAUUCAUGGAUGGUUGUAGCUUCAUCUUCGAGCUCACCGUAAUCAGUUGGGUACCCGAGCAAACUCCUUGCUCCGGAAGGCUUAGUGCAUUUUUCACCUAUUUUGCAUUUUCAAUGUCAUUCAUCUCUAACACGUUCAAUAUUAUAGUGUUCUUCAAAUUAGUAGCUGAUGCUAAAACUGCCAAGAUAUCAUCAAUGACACAUAUAACACGACAACGGAGAAAUCGUAAAAUGUUAUUUCAAAGUGUUUGCCAAGAUUUAAUAAUUGCAAUUGAUACGUUUAAUAGUACAUAUUCUUGGAAUUUUCAUUCAGCAAUUUGGUAUCAAUUUCUAGUUUGUGGAUAUUCAAGGAUUUUAGCUAGAACUUUAGAAGGAUUAGUCAUGGUGUUGAUAAAUGAGGCGAUACGAGAAGCAAUUCGACUGAAAGUUUUUGGAAAGAAGACGCUUGUUAAUAAUAGUGAUACACCAGCAGUACCAACAACAUUGGCAACUCAUUCGAAGAAUAUUGUUACCACAAAUCGAUUAUUUUCUGUUAGGGUUAAUGGAUAAAUUAUUUUAAAAUAAAGUUUAUAUGAAUUUAAAAAUAAAUAAUAAAACUAAAA